GCCGCAGCCGCUUGUCAGUUCACUGAGAUCUGCAGACACAGGAGAUAUCGCAACAUUGCGCGAUCGCAGCAGCUCGUAUCCCGUAGCAGAGCACUUCAUCCCCUUUGCUUGAUCCUUUCGGAGAUAAUCCAGUAGUUUAAAACAGACAUCCAAAGAACGCAGCAGAAAUCAAACACUAAGAAGAGAAGGAAGAAGAAUGGGGCAGAAAACGCCAUUAAUAUUGAUGACUUUAUUGUCUUGUUUCGUCUGGAGAGAUGAGGCUUUGGCCAUGACAGAGGUGAAUGGGCCAGUUGGGGGUCCACAAGUGGCCGAUCCUCAGAUCGCCAUGUUUUGUGGUCGUCAGCUUCUACACAUGAACACUGAGAGCGGACAGUGGGAACCGGAUCCUCAGGGUCGACAGGGAUGCUUCACCCAGCCCAGCAAGAUCCUCUCAUACUGCCAGGAGAUGUAUCCAGGACUGCAGAUCUCUCAUGUGGAAGAGGCUUCAUCACCGGCGACCAUCCAGGGCUGGUGUAAGAAGGGCUGGGGUCACUGUCAGACCCGCACCUUCAUCGUGGUGCCCUACCGGUGUCUGGUAGGUGAAUAUGUCAGCGAGGCUCUUUUGGUUCCAGACCGUUGCCGUUUCUUACACCAGGAGCAGAUGGACUCCUGCGAGAGCUACGUGUACUGGCACAACAUCGCCAAAGAGGCCUGCACGGCUGACAGUCUGGAGCUGCACAGUUAUGGGAUGCUGUUGCCUUGCGGUGACCGUUUUCGCGGUGUGGAAUAUGUCUGCUGUCCUGGCAGGACAGGAUCGAGUGGACGUGGAGAAACAGAGACCGCAGAUAUUGUGCAGGGAGAAACAACACCACUCGUGUCUAUGGCUGGAGACAAAACUAUCACCAGUGUGAAAACAACACCGCCGACUCCCAGCCCUUCUCCUGAGACGGACAUCGAGGAAGACGAUAUGGAGGAGGAAGAGGAUGAGGUGGUGGAGGAAGAAGCAGAGGAGGAAGAGGAGGAGGAAGAGGAAGGCAAUAAUGAAGCAGCGGCUGAGGUCGAGGAAGCUGAGGAGGAGGAAACCGCCACCACGGUCAAAUACCAGGAGGAGUACGAGUAUCCCAUCGACUCUCAUUUACAGGGCCAAGACUAUAUGGACAACUUCUACUAUGACAAGAAUCUCCAGACUGCCAAAGCCUCCACCCAGCCUCAAACACGGAUGGACAACAUGCCCACUCCUCGUCCUACAGAUGGAGUGGACGUUUACUUCGAGAUGCCAGGGGAUGACAGCGAACAUGCCAACUUUCUCCGUGCCAAGAUGGACCUGGAAGAACGACGAAUGAAACGCAUCAAUGAGAUCAUGAAGGAGUGGGCAGAGGCAGACAACCAGUCCAAGAACCUGCCUAAAUCUGAUCGCCAGGCACUUAAUGAGCACUUCCAGUCAGUCCUGCAGACUCUGGAGGAGCAGGUGGCCGGUGAGAGGCAGAGGCUGGUGGAAACACACCUGGCCCGAGUGGUGGCCACCCUGAAUAACAACCGCAGACUGGCUCUGGAGAGCUACCUGAGCGCUGUGCAGAGUGACCCACCACAGCCGGACCGUGUGCUUCAGGCUCUGAAGCGUUAUAUGGCCGCAGAGCAGAAGGACAGACGACACACUCUUCGUCAUUACCAGCACAUCGAGUCUGCAGACCCUCAGAAAGCAGAGCAGAUGAAGUUCCAGGUGUACACACAUCUGCAUGUGAUUGAAGAGAGGAUGAACCAAAGUCUGGCUCUGCUCUACAAAGUCCCCGGCCUGGCUGAAAAACUCCACGACGAAAUCCAGGAGUUAGUGAGAACAGAGAGAGGAGACAUCAGCGAACUCAUGACCACUUCCUUCUCUGAGACGAGAACCACCGAAGAGCUGCUUCCUGCUGAGAGCGAAGAAGAGCGAGACGAUGAGGAGGAAGAGGACAGAGCUUUCCAGAACAGACCAUAUCCACCACGCAUCGAUCCCCAGCCUGUUGAUAAGAAAGUUUCUUCAGUAGACGAGUAUGACUACACCACCUCUGAGAGAGGACCCACUUAUGAAUAUGAGGAGAAGAUCAACACUUCAGUAGAGCUGAAGCAGGUGGUCUACAAGUCUCCAGGAAUCCAGAGAGAUGAGCUGCAGCCAGACGUUUUGGAGACGUUUAACCGUGGGGCAAUGGUGGGGCUGCUGGUAGUGGCGGUGGCCAUCGCGAUGGUGAUGGUAAUCAGCUUGUUGCUAGUUCGCCGUAAGCCAUACGGGACCAUCAGCCACGGCAUAGUAGAGGUGGACCCAAUGCUGACCCCUGAGGAAAGACAGCUCAACAAGAUGCAGAAUCACGGCUACGAAAACCCCACUUACAAAUUCUUUGAGCAAAUGAACUGAGGAUGUCACACUCUCCCUUCUCGCCUCCCAGUUUUUCGAUUGGGGUUUUCCACAACAACCCCCUCUCCCUCGUACUCUUCUGUAUGUCUAUCUGACCGAUGUCCAAAAAUGUACAACAAACCCGGCACGUAAAUAGGGAGUUUGUAGUAAAACGUUUGCAUACUACUCUCUUAUCAAGGAGAGCCAGUAAUAAGAGAAUCCCCAACAAGAGCAUCUGAAAUUCCCCGUUUUUUGCAUCAUUUCAUAAGGAUGUGACGUUUUAAAAAAAGCGCCACAUUCUUUCCGGAUGUGUUUUUAAGGAAGCUCGACAUUGAGUGCUUCCUUCUGUCAUUUCUAUUUUCAAAAAGCAGAGUUUAUUUCAUGGUGAAACUGUGAGAUGGGUGAAAUAAUAUAUUUUUGAGUUCCAGGGAGACGGUCAUUGUAGAAUAAGCCGCUAUAGAGUCCUUCUGUUUUAAUAAUAAGGCGAAAAAAAAUCCAACAAGGUUUGUAUUCACGUAUAAGUCAACCGUCGAACAUUCUGGUAGAUUAUUAGUCUCAAUCACAGCCGUAAGAACUCGAGUCAGUGUUUUAAAUGUACCACGAAUGUUCAUCGAUCAACGCUACCCGGAUAUUUUUCUGGUAUCGCUUCUUUAAAAAGUCAAUUCUUAAGUAAUCCGAAGUCCAUACGCGUAAAGAAAAGCAUGCAAAAUUUGGUGUAUGAUGCUAUAACGUACUUGUGUUGGUCCUGUUUCUUGCUUUUUGAUAAAAACAACAAAAAAAUAUGAAAAUAUCACAGUGCAACGAUGACGUGUAAAUAACUAACGAAUAGACGUUUCUAUCAUUAAUUUGUAUCGACGCAACGUGUGGACGUAAAAGAUGACCUUGUGCUGCUCACACAGAGAACGAAACAUUUCCUAUCAUGGCUGAAUGAAAACGGACUGUUGUAAAAACCAGCACAAGAAAAAUGACACAGUUAACUCCUGACUGAAUGUAUCUUCGGUAGACAUAGGCUUCAUUCACGUUCCUCCUAACACGUGGUUAGUUAGCUUAGCUAAUCCCUCCGUUUUCAUACAGUAGUUGAUUUACCUGUUGAGGGUUUGUGUUGCGUAAACAAAUAUUUUAAAGGUGGAAAACAACUUUGACUGACAAGGUGUGAUUGCGAAAUUGCUUUCCCUCAGUCCUGAAAAUCAAGAUUGCUUUUCUUUUGAUUGUCAGUCUAAUGCAUUUCUGUUUUAGGUCUCAGUUUUUUAGCGUGCGUUGCUCUGACAUGAAUAACAUUUGACACAAUUUACUGGUAGUCAGUUGUAGACAGAACACGUCUUGCUCGAAUCAUUUCAUUAGUAGAACGGACAGGUUUUUAAGGAAAAUGUGGGAUUAUACAAUGUUAAUACAUGACAUAUCAGCAGAAGUGAAACCAAAAUGUUUUCAGUUUCUUCAGUCCACUGUUAUACAGUACGUAUAAACCAAACCAAACUCUGUCCUCAGAAAUCUUAAUGUAAUCUAAGAUUAUAUUUAUUUGACUUCUAUUUUCUUCUGAGUCAAGACGGAUCAAACCGUAUGACAUUACCAUUCGUAUUCGUCUUCCUUUGUUUGUUCUGGAACCUACAUUUUGAACAGGAACUGAAACCAAACCACAAAAAUGCUAAGUUAGACACACCUAAAUAGCAUAUACCACAAAAUCAGAAGCAUGUCGAGGUGUAAUAUUUAUUUUUAAGGCAUCAUUAGGCACAAAAUGAUCAAUAAAUAUAUUGUUGUGAGGUGUAUAUGCAACCCAGGCUCAUUCUGAAAAGGUAGUCUUGCUGACGUUUCUGGAGACUGCAAAUUAUGUAGCCGGUGUUACGUAUAGCUGCAUUUCAUUUUUUAAGCGAACGCUACGAGGCGGUGUGAUGGCGAUCUUUUUCGUGCUUACCUGCUGACCGCUUACCUCUGUGUGGAGGGCUUUCCCGCCGCAACCAGUUUGUACGGUUAGCUCGUCGUGUACGUCGGCGGACUUGAGACGCAGAAAGAAGCUGACCAUGACGACGACGACCGGGUUUGGGUCCGGAGAAGAGCGGUUUCAGAAAUCAGGUACGACAAAAAUAUAAUCCAAAAAAAUUAAGUCAUCAAUUUCAUAACAGGGUGAGGAUGUGGUAAAAUCCAAAAGCGUGGCAAAAAAAUAAAAAUCAGACGAGGGCUUUUCUUUUUCUGGACAGCUUUUGUAAAUUGUUUGUUGGGUUUAGGGAAGCAAGCGGGCGGGUGUGUCAAUCGGUAAAACUGGUUGGGUUUAGGGAAGGAGGAGGGUGGGUCAGCCGAUUGGCCGGUCGCCCAGUCAAUCAUUCAGUCAGUCAGACAGACAGAUGGUCGUUCGAUAGCGGCCUCUGGUGGGUUUACGAGAAAACAGCUCGGGCACGAACGGCACUCGGCGAGAGACAUUUGAAAUGCGAAGAAGCGCACACUGUGGCCUCUCGCGGAUUCACAUAAACAAAAUCUGCAAAAACACGUAAUAUAUACGUAAUAAAUCCCGGGAUGUAUUUCGCAGUUUCGCAGUUUCCAAUUUAAUCUCACAUCCGUGGGACAACAUUUUCAGAAUGAGCCUGGGUUGUGUACACGAGUAAUAAUUGUGAUCUGAUGCUCUAAUUUAAGAUUCUUAUAUAAGAUUUGGUACCAGCAUCAUCAUGCAGAUUUAGGACCAUGUAUUCAGUAGAGAUCCAUUUUAGGUUUGGCUGAGACGACUCCUCCCUCUUUAUUCCUGAACCAAUAGAAAUGUAAACCAACUUACGGAUGUUUUAACUGCUGCAUUAUUGCCUUUUUCAAUGCUGUGUUUUUGGAUGUAAUUAUAUGUAUUUUUUAUUUAAGUCGAUAUUAAUUGGAGUUUGGGGUCAUAAUAUACGGUAGAUUUUGACGGGUCUGACGCUUGAUAACUAAACGAAUUAACCGAGAGCACAACUGUAUCCAGAUUGACUCAUUUGUGUCCGUUCAUCAUUCAUUAAUGGAGAAUCAGUACAGCGAAGGUUAAGAUGGAAACGCAUUUAGUUUAGAUCUAAUGUGUUGAACAUCAUGUACAGCCCAAGUUUAUCUGUCAGAUUACUAGCAUGUAUUAAAGAUACAGCUUGAUAAUUGGUUACUUUAAGAGUGAAGGUGUAGUUUGGUGCUUUAAGGAACUUGUCAUUAAGCUAUUGAAACCAAUGUAAUGAUAUAAGCUGAUCUCGAAUCACUCUGAAAUCCACCAAAGACAUGUUCUAGAUAUGAUUGGCAAGCCAAAUAAUGUGUUGUAUUUUUAAUUGACAUGUAUUGUAAGAGCAAGCAACCUGUGAACUGAUCUGGCUUGUUGUACUUGCAUUAAAACGUCAAUAAAAUUAUAAAUGACCCACACAA